CGCUCAGGGACUCGACGUCGCGUCGAUCGUACUACUAACUAACCACACAACUGAAUCUGACAUGGGAAGCAAUGGCAGAAAGGCUCGCGGGAACACCGUCCACAGGGAGCAGCAAAACAACUCGCCGUUGUUGGCCUGCGACUUAGUUAAGCUUGGUGAACGCUUUAAUGACCGUGCAACUACAGUACAGUACCGAGUGAGUGAUUUGCCACAAUUUGUUGAGCGCCAUCUAACGCGAUGCAACGGCGAAAAUCAAACAACACAGUGUACUGCCGCUGCCUGGCCGGGAACGGCAUGGUGUGGGGCUCAAAAUGUUCUACAUAUUCUAUUAUUACAAGCGGCCAUGCAUGGUAGUGGUAGGACAGGCCGUGGAAAGUGGACGAUGGACGAAGCAACGCAUAUGCGUUCACGUAUCAACCACGUUGCUGGCUGCUGAACUGAAUCAAGUCCGGCACUAAGUUCAAAUCAACAGCAACAGCAGAGCAGAGUGGCUGAUGGAAGUGUAUUUUUAACCUCGGCUACUUUCAGCCAGUCAGUAUGAGCGGCAGCAGAGUAAUACACGUCUAGAGCUGCGUUGAAGUUACAAAUGGCACCAUAUCAGUAGCUCGCUGAUUGUGAACUAGCAAAGAGCUAAGAAAAGUGAAACUAAUAAUUCUAGAAAUGGAUUCCUCACCGUCGGUUGUUGCUAGAAAAACGAGAAAAGAAGACUUAGGAGAAAUACUGGGAAUGAUACAGGAAUUAGCAGACUUCGAACAAAUGCCAGACGGGCCGGAGCUAACUGUGGAAGAUUUAGUCAGAGAUGGAGGAUUCGAAGAAGAUCAAUCGAAAGUAACGCCAAUAUUUCAUAGCUUUGUGCUUGACCUAACAGAACCGAUCACGUCGGAUGGAAAUAAUGAAGAAACGCGGACGUCAUCUUCUAGCAGUAACCUUUCGACCCGCCCCAAGUCCCGGUUGAUUGGCUACGCAAUCUGCUUCUACUCGUACUCAACAUGGCAGGGCAAGUCCUUCUUUCUGGAAGACAUCUACGUCAAACCGGACUAUCGAAAGUUCGGUUACGGAAAACUACUUUUCAAGACUUUGGUGAAGCAUGCUCGAGAGAAUGGUUGUGCGCGGUUCGAUUUCCACGUGCUUGCGUGGAAUCCUGCAAAGAAUUUUUACAAUUCACUGGGUGCGCAGAACUUAACGGAAGCUGAAAAGUGGGAAUUCUUCCGACUGACGAAAGUACAAAUGGAUGAACUUUGUGAGAAUGAUUAGUAUCUAUAGGCUAUGUGUGUUAUUAUAUGAGUAUGAGAAUGGGGUAUUCACCAUCAGUGAAUACAGUCGCUUCCAUAAAAAAAACUAUUUUCUUCCAUCAUAUUCAUAUUAAAAUUAAACGAAUUUAAAAAUAUA